AUGUCCACGAAAUCAGUAACCACAAUCUCCACGCGGGCGCGGUCGCCCAAGAAGUUCUACGCGACGCUUGUCCUACGGGCACUACAAGUGCUCCUCUCACUCACAAUCGCGGGCGUCUUCGUGCGGCUGCUCGCGACCUCGUGGAGCGCCACGCCAAAGCCCGAGCUGAUCCUCCUGCUGGCCUUCACUUCGGUAUCCAUAAUCCAAGCCCUAGCAGGCGCAGUAUUCACCUGGUUCGCGCACGAGCGCACAUGGCUGGCGAUCUGCGACCUGGCGUGCUGCUGCGGCUUUGUCGUGACGGCGAUCAUGACCCGCGGCGUCACCGCGAGCUAUACGUGCGAUCAGUGGUUGAGCGGCGAGGGGAGCACGCGGGGGGACGAUGGGAUGGCGAUGAUGGUGCGCAGGGACGAGGGCGAGCGAGGGGAGUGCACCGGCCUUAGGGGCGUGUUUGGGAUGGCGGUGGUGCAGUGUGUUCUAUUACUCGUCACGUUCCAGAUGAUCUUUGUACUCAUGCGCGCACGGAACUUUGAGAUGCGCAUGAGGAACAUGACCGAGAAGCACUGGCGGGCGUGGGAUGGUCAGGGACAUGCCGGCGCCGGCGCAGGCGGGGAUCCGUACACGAGGAGGCCGGCUAUGGCUCAGGUCGCCUAGGUUUUGGGUUUGGGUUUGGGGUUUGGGGUUUGGG